UCUCAAUCUCAUCUUCCUCGACCUUUUCAAUCACCUUGCUCGACCUCCUGCUUACCAAUUUCUCAUCUCUCUCACUCGACCAGUAGCACCAGAGGAGCAUCUCUUCUUUUUUCGAAAACCCCAAGUCCAGCACCAUCUUCUCCUUCCCUCCGUCUCUCCCAUCUGCUUCAGGAAAUGAAAAGAAGCCGCAGCCUUUGACGCGGGAAUUAUGGAAGCGGAGACUCACCAUUUCCCAUAAAAUUUUCUGUUAAUAUCUCGAGAAUAAGCAAAAAUAUCAGGGAUGUUCUAGACUUGCAGAAACGAAUCGACGUCGUUUCUGGGAACCGAUACGGCAGCAAUGUAUUUAAAUUGACGGGUAGCAUACCAGCAGAGUUAUCUUGCAAAAUACUGCAACUUUUUUGGGCUUUAGAAGAACACAAUCUAUGCUGGCAUGUCUUCCUUGCUAUCAUGAUCCACUUCCCUGGAAAUCUCCAUCCCGCAUAGCAUGUUCUGCCUCUAGACUACUGUUUGAUUCCCAAGAAGCUCUCCUCUGGUUUCAGAAAUGCUCCAGUUGCAGUCAUCUGAAGCAGAUUCAUGCUAAGAUCAUUCGCCAUGGACUCUUUCAUGAUCAGUUGCUUGUUAGGAAACUGCUUCACCUUUGUUCUUCUUAUGGGAAAAUGGAUUAUGCAACUCUUGUGUUCCACCAACUCCACCAACCAUCCACCUUUAGUUGGAAUCUUAUGAUAAGGGCCUUUACCACCAAUGCCAAACCCCUACAAGCUCUUCUUUUCUAUAAUCUCAUGAUCUGCCAGAGCUUCCAGCCUGAUAAGUUUUCUUUCCCCUUUGUUUUAAAAGCUUGUGUGGCCUUAUCUAACCUUAAUAAAGGGAAAGAAGUCCAUGCAUUGGCUAUCAAAACUGGUUUGUUCCGAGAUACUUUUCUGCAGAACACUCUCAUGGAUCUCUAUUUCAAGUCCGGAGAUCUAGACUCUGGGUUUAAAGUAUUUCAGAAAAUGCGUGUUACAAAUGUGGUUUCAUGGACUACUGUGAUUACCGGGCUUCUUGCAUGCGGAGAACUGGGUGCUGCCCGUCAAACCUUUGAGCAAAUGCCGGUGAGAAAUGUUGUUUCCUGGACCGUAAUGAUUGGUGGUUAUGUUAGAAAUCAAGACCCUCAGGAGGCAUUUGAAUUGUUUCAAAGAAUGCUGCUCAAUAAUGUGAGGCCAAAUGAAUUUACACUUGUUAGUUUGUUGAAAGCUUGUGCUGAACUGGGAAGUCUGGAUUUGGGUCGCUGGAUCCACGACUUUGCUCUCAAGAAUGGGUUUAAACUUGGGGUUUACCUUGGAACAGCUCUUGUUGACAUGUAUAGCAAAUGUGGCAGUUUGCAGGAUGCCAAACAAGUGUUUGAGAAAAUGGAAAGAAAGAGUUUGGCCACUUGGAAUGCAAUGAUCACCAGCUUGGGAAUCCACGGAUGUGGAAAGGAAGCACUUGAUCUGUUUGCUCAGAUGGAAAGGGCAAACGAAAAACCAGAUGCAAUCACUUUCGUCGGUGUUUUAUCUGCUUGUGUACAUAUAAACGACGUAGAUGAGGGUUUUAGAUAUUACAGAUAUAUGAUAGAGCAUCAUGGAAUUGAACCUAUUUUAGAACAUUACACCUGCAUGCUAGAACUAUGUAAUCGUGCCAGCAUGCCAGAUGGGGAUUAUAGACCAAUGAAUUCUUUGCGAUCAAAGCUGAAAGAAACCGUUGCUAACGCAGAAGAUCUCUGACCAUCAAUGGGGGAAUUACACAAGUCAAGAUUUUUUGGGAAAGGAUGCACAGUUCAAGAUUCAAGCUUACAUGCUUCAUGUUCGAUGUGGGUUGUAUUCAACUGAAGCUCUCUGUAUGAUUAAAGCUCUAUGCAAUGGCAAAAAGUAAGUUCCAAUGAUGGAGCAAAUGCUGGCCUUCCCUUCUCUAGUGUAAAUCUCUCUUGACGUGUAUAUGAAAUGAAUUUGAGCGAGUCCCCCAGCUUGUAGUUUUCUGAGUUCUGAAGCUCUGGAAAGAGAUCACUUGGUCUAUUUUUUGUUUCUUCCAGGACAAGAAGAAAGGUGCCAAGGCCAUUUUUGUUCCUUAUCUUUGUGGCCUGGUUAAUGUCCAUCCCUGCAAGUGAUUUCACAUGAUCUGACUUGUGAAUCAACAAUCUUUUAUUUUUUCAAGUGGAUUUGGAUACUGAUCAUGAUCAA